AUGGCUCUCGAGUCUGGACGUGCUGUAAAAGAUAGGCAAGUGAACUACUACAUGUCUCAAGGAAGAGCCUUCAGGCGCGUUGUCGCUUUGUUUGACAACAUUGAGGAUCUCAUCGCCGAAAACGACAGGAGAUACGAUGCUGAGGAUGAGGAGACCUCUGUUGAGCAGGGGGCUGACAGUGCUCGAGGCGAUGAUACCUCCAAGCUGAAGACACUCGUUUCUGAAUGGGUCAACCACGAAUUCAAACUGAAUCCUCCGGUCGACAUGGACGAUAAACAUACCUGCAGAUUCAUCAAUGAUGCUGUACGGGCAGCCAUUCAAGAUCAUGCAGAGGGAUAUAUUGUCACAGAUCUUUCUUUUCCAGCUUACUUGUAUGAAAAGUACACCACCGAUUCGGACAAUUUGAAGGAGGGACUUUUCAAAGGGAAAAUUCUGAUUCAGAGCUACAAAGUUGUCUUCACGUCUCCCUCAUCAGCAAAGGAUGUCGAAGGCGACGGUGAUGGUGCAGAUGUCAUCGAAAACAACAGACGCGCUGUAGGACUUGGAGUCCUUGUAGCCUCGUAG